CUUUCCGUUUCAGGUCGCAGCUGCGAAAGGAGCCGCCGCCAUGUCUGCGCAUCUGCAAUGGAUGGUCGUGCGGAACUGCUCCAGUUUCCUGAUCAAGAGGAAUAAGCAGACCUACAGCACUGAGCCCAAUAACUUGAAGGCCCGCAAUUCCUUCCGCUACAACGGACUGAUUCACCGCAAGACUGUGGGCGUGGAGCCGGCAGCCGACGGCAAAGGUGUCGUGGUGGUCAUUAAGCGGAGAUCCGGCCAGCGGAAGCCUGCCACCUCCUAUGUGCGGACCACCAUCAACAAGAAUGCUCGCGCCACGCUCAGCAGCAUCAGACACAUGAUCCGCAAGAACAAGUACCGCCCCGACCUGCGCAUGGCAGCCAUCCGCAGGGCCAGAGCCAUCCUGCGCAGCCAGAAGCCUGUGAUGGUGAAGAGGAAGCGGACCCGCCCCACCAAGAGCUCCUGAGCCCCCUGCCCCCAGAGCAAUAAAGUCAGCUGGCUUUCUCACCAAAAAAAUAAAUAAAUAAAAAAAAAAAAUAAAA